CCUCAGAACUGAACUCUUCCCCACUUCUUAGGUGUGAAGUCAUGACAACGUUGGACGACAAGAUCCUGGGGGAGAAGCUGCAGUACUACUAUAGCAGCAGUGAGGAUGAGGAAAGUGACAAGGAGGAUGACGAUGGGGAGCACAAGACCAUCCGCAACCCAGAUGUACUGGAGCCUGAGCUAGAAUACAGCGCCGACGGCAGCGCCGUCAACACAGGGCCCAAGGGGGUGAUUAAUGACUGGAGGAAGUACAAGCAGCUGAAGGUGGAGCAGAAGCAGGAGCAGAAGGAGGAGAUGGAGAAACUCAUCAAGAAGCUGUCCAUGACCUGCCGCUCCGACCUGGAUGACGAAGCCGACGCCAUUAAACAGAAAGAGAUGCAGGACAAGAUCCAACACAAGAUGACCAUGCAGGAGUACAACAUGCUCCAGGAAGACGAGGACGAUGAGGACUUCCUCCAGCAGUACAGGAAGCAGCGCAUCGAGGAGAUGCGGCGGAAGGUGUUACGCGGUAAGCGCUUCGAGCAGGUCUACGAGCUCAACAGUGGCGAGGAGUUCCUGGAGGCUGUGGACAAGGAGGACAAGGCCUGCCUGGUAAUGAUCCACAUCUACGAGGGCGAGGUGCCUGCCUGCGAGGCCAUGAUGGGCAGCCUGCUGUGCCUGGCACAGGAAUACCCCCUUGUCAAGUUCUGUAGCGUGCGUGGCUCUGUUAUCGGCACCAGUGCCCAGUUCAGGGGCAGCGCCUUGCCAGCCCUGCUGGUGUACAAAGGAGGAGACCUGAUUGGGAACUUUGUGCGCAUCACAGACCAGCUGGGAGAGGAUUUCUAUGCUGUGGAUGUGGAGGCGCUGCUGCAGGAAUAUGGGCUGCUGCCGGACAAACCUGUCCUUGUCGCUAAGACCAUCCGCAACGGAGCCAUCACACAGAGCGACGACGACGACUCUGACCUCGACAUAGACUAGAGAACUGUCCUGCACAUACAGUCGCCAGACUAGAACCCCUAUGUACACACACACACACAGUCGACACACUAGAACCCAUAUGUGUACACACACACACACAUACACACACAGUCAACAGACUAGAACCCCUAUGUGUAUACACACACACAGUCAACAGACUAGAACCCCUACGUACACAGUCGACAUGGAGAAGAGCCCCUAUGUACUCACACACACUUAUAAAGGUGUGUGAUGACCUACAACUAAGACUGACUAUUGAAUGCUCUCAGGACAUUCAAUAGCGUGGUUUCCACUACCACAUUAUCUCUGGGCUAGUCAGUGCUUGAUAGCGCCAGAGUUGUUUGAAAUUGAGAAACUCAACAUGCGAUUACUUCCCGCAAAUACCUUCUGGACAAAUGCGACUCUCCCUUUGACGAUGGUGUGAAUUUUUGUCAUGGGCGUAACAGGAAGUAAUUGCAUGUUGUGGAGUCGCUCAGUUUUAAACGGAGAUAGAGCUGUACCAUAUUGGCAAUAACUGCAAAAUGCUAAUAAAAAAAUUAAAACUAAUGCAGGGGUAUUAAAAUCUGAGUCUGGAGGUCCUGAGUAGUGCUGCUCAACCGGUUGACUAGAUGGUAUGCAGCUAAUGUCAGAAGUGACUUUUCCUAGCAGGUUAGGAGAACUUACAAAGUAGGUUAGAAAAAUGAACGUAGCAGGUUAGGAGAAGGGUUAGGGUUAGCUAAAAUGGAAAGAUUUCCCCAACGCCACUCGAACAUGCAACUUUUGAUGUCACUUUGACAUUAGCUGCAGCCCUUCUAGCCAUGGGGAAACACUCUUUUCACCCACUUAGAUACCGAAGUGACUUUUUCGUAGCAGGUUAGGAGACAGAGGUUAAGGUUAGCGAAAAUGCUCUCCUAACCUGUUACGAAAAUCACUUUGUAUCAAAGUGUUGUGAAAAGAGUGUGUCCCUCUAGCCAUGACCUGUUCUACCUGAGAAUUAUUUGCACCCACCUGGUGUCCCAGGUCUAAAUCGGUGCCUGAUUCGAGGGAAAUAAUGAAAAACAGCAGUGGAACUGGCUUCAAGGUCCAGAUUUGAAUUUGCCUGUGGCUUGUGAAGUUGGUUGAUAUGAUCGACAGGACCUAAAGACCUAUACAUUCCCUAUGCAUGAUGACCUUUAUUCACAUAAGUUACAUGCUUCAUUACAUAUCUUGUUAGUUUAAAUAGUUACAUGAAUAAACCAAGACUGAGACCUAUUAUUUGUUUUACACAAUGAUAUGCAGACAUUACCCAGUACAUGUAAUUUUUUUUGUUGUUUAAGCUGUAACUUAUUUAUUCUUUAAUUGUGACAACGCAUUGUUUUUUUCUGGUCCAAUGUCUCUUAUUUGUGCAUGUUUAUCAAGACUAGCUCACCCUGUAGAAAAUUACCUGUCCAAAGGGACAUGUUAGUUUUAUACCUUUUUAUAUGUUUGCCCAUUUCAAACCUGUUAAAAUGAUGGAUAAAAUAAACUUGCUUGAUUUGA